AUGCAGUUUUGUGAUCGCCCUGAACAGCCAGGGUCAGCUGGAGAUCAGUCCGAAGGAAGCCGGGGCCGGGCCGGGGCUAGGACACAGGCACCGGAGCAGCGCCAAGACAGGAUUUGCAGUGGCAUCUGCUCGGCGGAGGCCAAAACCAAUGCGGAUAUGGUUCAGGUUCCGCCAAUUAACAAGCAACGCAUCAGCAUAGCCCUCAUCAAGCACGACCCAGAGGCAUUCGACUCGCUGCAGGCGGCUUCAGACGUUGCAUGCAACAAGACUGGCAGACCGGGAGGGCUUUCCCGCUUCGUGAAGGUCUACAACGGUCAGGAGCUAAGGAGCAAGCCUUCUUUUGUCGUCCUCGAGGAUGCUCUGGUGCGCAAGCGCAUCGAACAGAACCCAGAAAGUCAGAGCCCCGUCAGCAGCGUACCGCAGGAGAGCGCGCAGAUUAAGAUUGAGCCGCCAACAGAGCAGUCGCCUCCCAAGGAGUCCCCAAAAGAGUCUACCAAGGAGUCCCCCAAGGAGUCUCUCGCACAGAGCAGUGGUUCUGGCCACCGAACCCCCAACCGCUUCAACACCGUGCAAAGUCGGAAAAAUGCUGGGCUGCAACCAUUGCAGACCAGCCGCCUGGAGGGCGAGGCAAAGGUGGCCAGCAGCAGCACACUGAUGCCCGAGGCCACGGCGCCACGUCCCUCUGCAGCCACGAACACCCAUCAGCCAAGGGAGGAGCAGCAGCAGGCGGCGGCGGCGAUGGGCAGCACUCCAUCGCAUGUGACCAUCAGCUUUGUGCCCGCAACGCCGGCGCAGUCCGUGAAUCCCAUGAUGUAUCCCUGCCAGCAGUAUUUGAACAACAUGGCCAUCCGUUGUCUCAGCGGCAACUGUUGCAAUUGUUGUCCCUUGAAGCCGCCGGUCCGUCAGGCUGCGCCGGAGCAUGGCUGUUGCAACUGCAGCAGCUGUUGUGCUCUGAGCCAUCAGGAGAGCGAGCAGCAGCAGCAGCAGCAGCAGCAGCAGCAAUAUCCCAUUGCUGGCUGGUAUCCGUAUCCGCCGUGUGCUCCGGGCCAUGGCAUGCAUCAGUGCUUCUGUCAACCAAUGACAACGGUCAGCAUGAACUCCAAUUGCUGCCGAAUGAACGCUGCCUACCACCAGCCAUGUCCCCAUUGUGGCUCAUUCUACAACAGUCCACAGAUGCAGCAGCAGCAGCAUAAGCCGCAACAGCAUCAGGAAACUCAAAACGUUGCCUGUGGCAACCAGCGACAGCGACGCGGCUACACAAUCAAGCGUCCCAAGGUGCCAGAUUCCAGUGACGCAUCCUCAUCGCCGGUGAAUCGGGAGGGACUGCGAAGGAUGUUUGGUCCGAGCAGCUCACAGCAGCAGCAAUCGCAAGCCAAGCAGCACCAGCAGCUGAAGCCUUCGGUCGGCAGGGCUGCCAAGGAGUCUACAGCUAUCCCGGCAAAAGAAGCCUCCCGUUCACUGGCUGGCAGUGCCGCCGUCCGGCAUGAUACCACAACGAUUGGCGGCAAGCAAUCCACAUCCCUGUAUAUGGCUCGCUUUGGCAGGACUUGCAUGCUGAUGAAGCCCAGUGCCAGCUCUUUGAUGCCACGCCUGCUGACCAGGCGCAUCAGCCGCUACACCUCGGUGAUGGCCUGGCCAACCAAUCACAAAUCAGAACUAACCUAA